AUGACUGCCAAAGGGUUACUCCAAGACUUUGUAGUCGUGGUUUCUCUUGUGCGGACCUUGACGGACUCUUUCGGUUCUGCCAGUGAUCUAUACCGCAAGCUCAAGCGUAGAUCUGGGAAGAAAGCUAGCGACGACGAGGAAGAUGAGUACCACAUUCAGGGGCCAUGGCAUAGGCGUCGUCGAGACUCCAUGUUUGGCUCAGAGAAGAGGAAAGGCGACUACAGUGACAGCGAAGAAGAGCUCAUAUGCACCUCUUCCUCCCAGAUCCGAGCCGAGUACGAACGUGGGUAUCGGAAGCUGGGCGAGCCGUUUGCGCGUGGCGAUGUUACAACGCAUACCCAGCUGCAGUCUCAGAUCAUAAAGCUUCAGCAGACAGUCAUCAAUAUCCAACAGGAUCUGCUACUAAGCACGUAUAUGGCGCCGUCAUCUUCGCAUUCGCACCUUGUACGUCUGAUUCAGACGGCUCGUACAGCGCGUGCAGCUUCCAUCGCUUCGUUGAACAUGCAGUACGAACGCAUGCUGCCACCACUCCCAUCACCGCUAUUACCUCGACAACCCGACGCACCUUUACGAGUUCCUGGCGCAUUUCCACUACCAGACCAUCCGCGACCACCGUCAAGACCACUGCGGCACAAGAAGCGCAUGGACAGCAGCUCCAGCUCCUCGUGCGAGUCAAAAGAGGUCUUGAUCAAACCGAUACCAAUCGUGAAGCCCAAACCAAAGCCCAUGCCUAUGCCUCCACCCCCUCCCCCACCUCAACCUCAGCCCCAGCCCCCAUCUUCACGCUACAGCACGAGGCUCUUUUGUAUCUACGCCAAAGACCUCCAACACAACCCCCGUCUCCACCUCGCCGACGCCUACCGACCCACCGGCGACCACAAGUGUCCCUUCUGCCGCACGCACGUCCCCGUCCAACCCGGAAAAGCCUGGGAGCUCGUCGUCGAUGGCUACAAGAAGAAAGACGAACACGGUCAUUGCACUACGGCACCGCGAACUUUUCGCAUCAAGAACCGCUUUAUUGUCAAGAGCCAUAGAGAAGGUGGGGGCUUUGCAUGUGUGCUUUGCGCGAGGUUCAGGAAGUCGGAUACCGUGUGUAAGGGUAUCGAGGCGUUGAUGGAUCAUCUUUGGGGGGAGCAUGCGAGUGAGGAGUUGGAGAGGGAUGCGGAUAUUGUGGAGGUGUAG